AUGAAGGGAAAUGCAGAGAAGCGUGUUGCACCACGCUAUGCUUCUUUCAUUCCGCAGAAGUUUCUGGUCGUUGAGGCGUCUGCGUCUGGUGUAAACGCCACACCCGUGCUCAGUGAGCCACCUAUGAGGGAAGCGCACACCCAGCUGAUGGCCGAGGUGCAUGCCAUGGAGAAUAAGGCGUUGCUCUUGCGGGAGGAACGGAGAAGGCAGCAAAGCAUUGGUCACACCACGCUGGGGUUGUGCUUCGGUGGAAACGGCACCCAUCUCUCUAGUGAAAAAUCCCCCACCUUGCAGGAGGCGCUGCCGUUCCUGCGCGGAGACAUCGGAAAGGAGCUUGCGUAG